UCAGGAAGGAAGCCGCCUCUCAGCGAGGUCACUUCCUCCGACGGGCUGGCAGGUUUGUGCAGCUGGGUUUGCAAACCGACGGCGCAGCAGCAUGGCGUUGAAUGCAGAGGAUGACUGGGAGCCCCCCUCGGAGUCGGAGAUGAAGGUGAUCCAGGCCCGGCGCGAGAGGCAGGACAAGAUCAGCAAGCUGAUGGGAGGCUACCUGCUGAAGGGCUACAGGAUGCUAGGGGAGUGCUGUGAGGAGUGCUCCACAAUCCUGAUGCAAGACAAGCAGAAGAAGAAUUACUGCGUGGCGUGCCAGGAGCUGGACUCCGACGUGGACAAGGACAACCCAGCUCUAAAUGCCCAAGCUGCCCUGUCCCAGGUUCGGGAACGCCAGCUAGCUUCAAACCUCCAAACCAAUCAGAACGGGACUCCACCUUCUGUCCCCUCCCCUUCCGCAACAAGCAUCCAACCAAGACCAGAGCACUGCGAGGGCGCGGCCUCCGGACUGCGAGCCUUGCCUCCUGUCCUCAUUAACCCCGCCCCUGCCCCCGCCCCCUCUUCCACUGCCCCUGCCUCUGUGCCACAAGCCCCCGCCCCUCUCCCCAUCCCUGCAGUGCCUAGCCCCGCCUCCAAUCAUGUUGGCCCCUCCCCCAGUGCUCUGGAAAGUGCAGAAGAGGCGUUGCUGCAGAAGUUGCAAUGGGCCACGCGUGAAUUGCAGCAUGCAACGUCAAUAGAGAGCAGCGUACAGCUUUGCAAUCUGAUUCGCAGCUGUGCAGAGUCUCUCCGCAGCAUCAAAGAACUGCAGCUGUGAGCUGUACUGCCUAGGUGGCGUGGUGGUGGGACAGCUGUUAACUUGCUAGAGUGUAUGUAGGCUUGCUCCUUUUCAGCGUUUCAUUUUCACACAAAAUACUGUAAUACAUCACUGGCUGUAGAGUCAUUUAGAGACAGGUUCCUUAUUGAAACAUUAUGGUGCCUGUUAGCUGUGCCCCGGGCUGCAGGGGCUUUGCUACUCAAUGCCAUCGUUUUCAAUUCGUUCUUUGCUUCUGACCAAACGCACCCGGGAUAUCCAAGAGAAACCCCAGCGAAUGAAACGGGUGUCAAUCAUACCCGACGCUUUCCUGUUAUUGGCUUUGGAUCCCAGUGUCUCCGCCCCACUCAAUCACAGCUCAGCUCAGCUGCUCACAAACGACUCAUGAACUGAAAGUGCUCAACCUGUUGUAUAGUUACAGGGUUCAUGGGGUCCUAAUGGAGAUUCCCUGGUGAGUGAUUUAUUACACUGUUUUAUGUAACAUUUCCCAGGAUUUUAUAAGUGUUUAUUAAAGUAAUAACAACA